GUCUCAGAAACGAUUCGCUGGCUCUGUAUUUUAUCGUCCUGACCAGACAGAACAUCCUUCAACCAUGAGGUUCUUUGAGAAGGAAGUUUUCAAAACAUCAGUAAUCGAGGAGCAUAUGUUAGUGGAUAUUGUAGGAAAAUGUUUCGUAAUGCAUUCCAAGGAUUAUAUAUUAGCUCGCCCUGAAGGAUUCGAUGAUAACAAUGUCUAUGUUUGCGAGUCUUCAUAUGCUGUUGCAUCAAAGUUUUUUACUCCAAUCGGCGAUUGGGCUAGUACAUUAUCCGUGCAUACAGUCAUCCCAGUAAAUUUAAUUCCACGGGAAGCGCCCAAGAUGCUUGUGAGAAACUAUGAAGCAGACGGCAAUACUACGUUACCGAUAGGGGGAGAAAGAAUUCAUCAUCCAAUAUCCACCAGCACACCCGAACCAAUAAAUUUUGAGAGCCCUCACCCAUUAAAUGGAAAAGAUUUGAGAAAUCAGUAUCAUGCCAAAGAGUCUACUAAUGUAGAAUUAAAUUUAUCACCUCAGUUACGGGUACUAUCGAAUGAUCAAAUCACAACAGCUAGAACAACGAAUGUAAGUUCGUUGAGUCAAACAAUAGAGGACAAGGACGUGAUGCCACGAUCUCUCUCAUCUCCAGAGUUGCUUUUACAACACGAUGAAAACAACAAUAUAAAUCAAAAAACUCGAUUAAUGGAAGAAGCAUAUGUCGUUGAAGCAGCAACAGGGGAUGCGAUGUCGUUGGAUACAAAUCCAGAAAUGAACAUUGACUCUAUAGAACAGGUUUCCAAAAGGCCUGCUAAUAGCAAUAGCACUGAAUCUUAUGCACAAUCACCACAAAAUCAAGAACAUGUACCAGCAGCCGAAGAGAAUAAUCGUCUUUUUCCCAUGUUGUUGGAAUCUAAUCCUGUUUCUAUGCAUACUACGCGAGUAUACGAUGAAUCUACACUGGAUGCUAGACAAAAUCCCCUAUUACUACAAGGAAUUGGUGUAGAAGCGAGUGAUCGAUCUUUUGCAAUGUCAUUGGACACAAAACAUAAUGCACACAGUAUCACAUUGGGGCCGAAUGCAACUCAUGUCACAAUCAUCCCAAUUCUUGUUUCUAGUUUAUUAUUGCCUGUUCCAAAACCAGUUGACGUAUUUGUAUAUCAUCAAGGACGCAAAGUAAUAAACACUGGUCAUACUUUUUAUCCCAAUGCGCCUUCGAUCACGCAUCAGAACUUUAUUAUUUCCUUGAUCCCGGGUGUGAAUAAUAUAGAUAUUUGGGUGUAUGUCCCUUCUGUGGUAGCAACAUCAUCAACCACUUCAACAGCCAGUGGUGCUAUGAAUGGGAUAUCCGCAGUGAAUGGUAAAGCGUCUUCAGUUGCAAAUGGACAGACUGAUCAUUAUUCUAUCUUUAUUACUAGACAAAUCGAGUAG